AUGCCGUCCGUGCCCCGAAUCGGCAUGUUCUGGGUGGCAGCGAUCGGCGUGGGGGUCGUCACCUGCGCCGUCGCCUUCGUCCGUCAAAAGAGCCCGACGUUUUUCGUCAACCUGACGGCGGACGGCACGCCAGGGAAGGUUUUCAGUCGCGGGCCGUUUCGCGUGGUGGAGGAUAGCGUGCGACCUCGGGACUGCUCUUUCGCCCAGGAGCCGCUACCGAAGCCUGUUCGCGUCUGGUUCCCGGUCCUAGAUCUUCCACGCAGCAACUUAUCUGGUUCUGCCCAGGCUGCUCCUGUUGCUGUUUCUGCUUCGGAGUCUGAAGCUAAAUCAGCUCCUGGCGAUUCACCUGACGAGAAGCUCAAAAACACCUGGCAGCAACAGAGGAGCACCUGGCAGGUGCCAGUGGUGGUGUUUCAGCACGGAUUUGCAUCUCAGAACUAUUUUUACUCCGACCUGCUCUCGAGAAUAGCCUCGCAUGGCUACAUUGUGGUGGCGCCACAGAUGUACUCUAUAUUAGCAGGAUUCGACACAAUGCCAGAGAUGCGGGAUGCUGUGAAAGUCAUCAACUGGUUACACGCCAAUCUGCACACUCUAAUCGAUGCGCGUAUCAAGCCUGCUGCCCUGGCUGCUAUACGGGCAGCUGGAAAGGAAGCAGGCGGAGAGCAGGCAGCAGGAGAAGAGACAGUGGUGUCGCAGCCUGAUUGGUCGAGGCUCGUGCUAGCAGGCCAUAGCCGGGGAGGAAAGGUGACGUUUGGAAUUUUGCGAAAGCUGGUGGGGGAGUUAGUUAAGUCUACAAAGCAGCAGCGUGGGUUCAUAAAGGCAGAGUUACCAGUGCCUAUUAAAGCCGCAAUACUCUUUGAUCCUGUGGAUGGGACAGCGUCUUCAGCCACCAAUCCUCCCACACUCACUCAUCAACCGGACUCCAUCUUUUUGUUAAACAACCCUCCUGUACUCGUUAUAGGCUCAGGCCUAGACCUGGUCGGCCCGGCUUACCAUUUUUCGGUUCCCGAAUUCGGCCACGCGGACUUUUACGAUGACGACUUGGGCCCGAUUUAUGGGCCACUGUUUAGCAAAGUGUGCACUAACGGGCCUGCUAGGGAGCCGAUGCGAGUGGCGGCUGGAGGGCUUGCUGUGGCGUUUUUAGAGGCUGUGGUUGGGGGUGGUGGGUAUGGUGAGAAAGGAGAGAGUGUGAGGAGAAUGAAGAACGAGAGGAGUGGGAUGGAGGUGGAGAGAAGGGAUAGAGGGAGUGUGGGAGAGGCCGCAAGGAGCUUCGAGGAGAAGCAGCAAGCUCUGGAGAGAUUAGUGACUGAUGCUGCUGCUGAUGUGGUUGGUGUGUCAAGUGGUACUGUGUUGCUGAGUGAUCAGGGGCAAGGCACGGAGCAGAAACAGCAGGAGGGGCUGGAGCAGCAGAAGCAGGAGGAGGAGCGGCAGGAGCUGGUGGAUUUGGAGCGAGAGAGGCAAAGGCUUGAGGAAGUGUACAUGAGGAGUGGAGGUAGCGGAGGGGCGUGCGAGGUUGACUCGAAAGAAGGCAAUGGGAGUGGCUCGGCUAAGGGGAACAGGGUCGGAGGCUGUGGUGCUGUGAUUGGUUCAGGGAAGGGGAGUGAUGUGAGCAAUCUUUGUGAUCUAUUGCAACACCCUGAGCAUUCUCCUGUGGUGCUGUCAGAGGUGGGGUGGAAAGUGGGGCGGCAGCAGGAAACACCUGAAGAAAUACCUGCAGGAGCACCCGCCACUUUAUGCGGAGCAGCACCAGCUACAGUUGCAGCUGCUGCUGCCCUCUAG